AUGGUCGAUUUAUUAAAAGAAAAAACUGUAGUUAAUCCAUAUGCUGAAGAACCACCAAUGUCACCAUUACUUAGUGAAGAAAAUCAACAAAUGAAUUGUAGUCCAGAAGUUAUGCGAUGUAGUUUAAAUAUUAUUCCACAAACAAAAGAUAUACUUAAUAAAAGUCGACUUCCUCUUGGUAUUCUUAUUCAUCCAUUUAAAGAUCUUGAAAGUUUAAGUGUUAUUCAAGGUACAAAAAUUGUACGAUGUGAUUCAUGUAAAAGUUAUAUUAAUCCAUUUAUUACAUUUCUUGAUAAUACACGAUGGCGUUGUAGUAUUUGUUCUCGUGUUAAUGAUUUACCACAAGAAUUUCUAUUUGAUCCAAUAACAAAAACUUAUGGUGAUCCAAGUCGACGACCUGAAGUUCGUUUUGGUACUGUUGAAUAUACAGCAACAGCUGAUUAUAUGGCAAGACCACCUCAACCAGCUAUGUAUUUAUUUUUACUUGAUGUAUCACAUAAUGCUAUACAAACAGGUUAUCUUUCAUCAUUUUGUGAUAUAUUAUUAGAAAAUUUAAAUGGUUUACCAGGUGAUGCUCGUACAAAAAUUGGUUUUUUAACAUAUGAUAGUCGAAUACAUUAUUAUGAUUUAUCUGAUAGACAUAAUGGUACAUUUCGUAUUAUGAUUGUAUCGGAUCUUGAUAAUAAACCCGAAGAUUUUCUUCCUAUGCCUGAUGGUUUAAUGGUAACAUUAUGUGAAUGUCGUUCAAUAGUUGAAAUAUUUCUUAAUGAAUUACCUAAAAUUUAUCAAAAUAAUAAUGAAACAGAUUCAGCAUUAGGUUCAGCUUUACAAAUAGCAGGAAAAUUACUUGAUCAAACAGGUGGUCGUAUAACAGUUAUACAAACAAGAAUACCAAAUAUAAAUCCUGGAGCUUUAAAUGAAUUUAUUAAUACAGGAGGACAAAUAACAAAAGAACCAAUAACAAUUGUACCAACAUCAGAUUUUUAUAAAAAACUUUCACUUGAUUUUGCAUCCGUACAAAUAGCUUGUGAUUUAUUUCUUUUAAAUAGUCAUUAUAUUGAUUUAGCAACAUUGAGUGGUAUUGCAAAAUAUUCAGGUGGUGAAAUAAAAUAUUAUCCAGGUUAUCAUUCAAUUCAAAAACCACAUGAAGUUGAACGUUUUGAAAAUGAUUUCAGACGAUAUUUACAAAGAAAAAUUGGUUUUGAAGCUGUUAUGCGUUUACGAUCACCACCAGCAUUAACAAUUCAUACAUUUCAUGGAAAUGGUUUUGUUCGUUCAGUUGAUUUACUUGUUUUACCAAAUAUAAAUCCUGAUGCUGCAUUUGGCAUGCAAGUUAAUAUCGAAGAUUCAUUAAUUCAUUAUACAUCUGUUACAUUUCAAGCAGCACUUUUAUAUACAUCAAGCAAAGGUGAAAGACGUAUUCGAGUACAUACACUUUCAUUACCAGUAAGUUCAAAUUUAACUGAAAUAUGUUCAAAUGCUGAUCAAGAAGCUAUUGUUUCAUUAGUUGCUAAAAUGGCUGCUGAUCGAUCAAUAACAUCAUCAAUACAAGAAGCACGUGAUGCUAUGUCAAAUGUUGCAUGUGAUAUUCUUAAAGCAUGUUUAUCAAAUAAUUUAUCUAAUCGUGCAUUUUCAUUAUUGGUACCAUAUUCAUUACGUCUUAUACCAUUAUAUAUGUUAAGUAUGAUUAAAUCGACGGCAUUUCGAGCUGGUAGUGCACCAAGACUUGAUGAUAGAGCAUAUUAUUUAGAUUUAUGUAAAACAUUACCUACGCAGUAUUUAAUGCAAAUAUUAUAUCCUGAUCUUUAUCCAAUACAUACAAUUGAAGAUAAGAGUCAAAUUAUUCAAGAUGGAGAAGAUGAAUUACAUAUUCCUCAACGUGUUCAUUUAUCAUAUCAAAAUAUUGAUUCUCAUGGUGCUUAUAUACUUGAUACAAGUGAAUAUAUUUAUGUUUAUAUUGGUAAAGCUAUAAGUGAUCAUUUUGUUCAAAAUGUUUUUAAUCUUGGAACAUUUUCUGCUUUACCAUUGGAUUCAUAUUCAUUACCUGAAUUAGAAAAUCCAUUAUCAAUGAAAAUACAUAAUUUUCUUUCAUAUCUUAUUCAAAGUCGACCACAUGGUAUUGCAUUACAUAUUAUGAGAGAAGAUUCAUCUAAUCGACAUUUAUUUACACGUCAUCUAGUUGAUGAUAAAUCUGAAUCAACAAUGUCUUAUGUAGAAUUUCUACGUUAUAUUCGCGAACAGAUUGUUAAAUGA